AUGCCGCCUCACUCAUCCCAUCUACUGCAGCCGCUUGACGUUGGCUGCUUCUCGCCGUUGAAGCGCGCGUAUAGCUGUGAGGUUGAGAGCCUCAUCCGCCACUAUAUUAACCAUAUCACCAAGCUUAAGUUCCUGCCAGCCUUUAAGGCAGCGUUUAGUCAAUUGUUCACCUCAGCUAAUAUCUGCUCAGCCUUUCGAGGUACAGGCCUUGUGCCUCUCCAACCAGACGCUGUGCUCUCAAAGCUUGACGUGCAGCUACGUACACUUACUCCAGAUACUCUGCCAGAGGCCCUCUGGGAGGCUCGUACACCAAGCAACGUACGCGAGCUUGAGGCUCAAUCAACGUUGAUACGUGAUCGCGUGCGCCGGCACAAGAGCUCAUCACCUGCCUCAAUUAUUGAAGCAAUUAACCAGCUUAAGAAGGGCGCUAAGGUGAUGAUGCUCUCAGCUGAGCUGAUGCGUGAUCGGAUCACCAGCCUUGAGAGAGCCAAUGAGGCAGCGUCAGCACGCAAACAGCGUAAGAAAAAGCGUAUACAGCAGAGUGGGGUCUUAACAAAGGGAGCUGGAGAGGAUCUACUCGCUCAACGUGAGGCUGACCAGCAGAUUGCUCGUGAGCAGCGUCAAGGAGGAGAUCAAUCAGGCCUUAGCCACCAGGCUCUAGCGCGCUGCAGGAGGUGCAGAGAGACUGGCCAUAAUUCACGUACGUGCAAAGUAGAUACUUAA